AUGAUUUAUAAAGCGGCACUUUUUCGGGGAAGGAAUGCAUUAAAUCAAAUAGCAUUUUAUUCGUCGUCGAAGCAUCGCCGAGUGAUAGCCAUUCGCAGAGAAGACCAGUCAGUAUGGGAGAGACGUGCACCAUUUUCCCCAACAAAUGUCAGCCGACUCGUGCGAAAAGGGGUAAAAGUUAUUGUACAGCCUUCGAAUCGAAGGGCGUAUCCUAUGCAGUCAUAUAUAAAUGCAGGAGCUGUAAUUCAAGAAGACAUAAGUGAAGCUGGAGUAAUUUUCGGUGUAAAACAAGUUCCCAUUGAUCUUCUCAUACCGAAUAAAACGUAUUGCUUCUUUUCACAUACUAUAAAAGCCCAAGAGGCAAAUAUGCCAAUGUUGGAUGCUAUAUUGGCUAAGAAUAUUCGUUUAAUAGACUAUGAGAAGUUGAUGGACGAUUCUGGUAACCGAGUGGUUGCUUUCGGAAAGUACGCUGGUGUUGCUGGUAUGAUUAAUAUCUUACACGGACUCGGACUGCGACUAUUGGCAUUGGGACAUCAUACACCUUUCAUGCAUGUUGGACCAGCGCAUAACUACCGUAGCUCCAGCAUGGCUCGUCAAGCCAUUAGAGACGCCGGUUACGAGGUAUCAUUAGGAAUGAUGCCCAAAUCAUUAGGACCUCUAACAUUUGUUUUUACUGGUUCAGGAAAUGUGUCUCAGGGCAGCCAAGAAAUCUUCCAAGAGUUGCCUCACGAAUAUGUUCCGCCAGAAAUGUUGAGGAAGGUCGCCGAACAUGGAAGUCCAAAUAAAAUAUACGGGUGCGAAGUACGCCGCAGACAUCACUUGGUGCGCAAGAACGGUGGUGGGUACGAUCCUCAGGAAUACGAAGAGCAUCCUGAACGCUAUAUAUCCACUUUUGCACAGAAGAUAGCGCCAUAUACGUCAGUAUUGGUAAACUGCAUCUACUGGGCCGUGGAUAGCCCGAAGCUCCUCACAAUACCAGAUGCUAAGCAUUUACUCCUGCCUUCUCACACCCCCUGGUUGCCAACCAGUGUUGGUGCGCCGGCAUUACCACAUAGAAUGCUGGCCAUCUGCGACAUCUCGGCGGAUCCCGGAGGUUCCAUUGAAUUUAUGAAUGAAUGUACAACCAUAGACACGCCUUUCUGUCUCUACGACGCUGACAGAAAUAAAGAUACAAAGAGCUUCAAAGGCCCCGGUGUUUUGGUGUGCUCCAUUGACAACAUGCCCACGCAGCUGCCUCGAGAAUCUACGGACUUCUUCGGAGACCUGCUUUACCCUUAUUCUGAGGACAUUAUGAGUUCGGACGCUAGCAGACCGAUGGAAGAUCACAAAUUCUCACAAGUGGUACAAGGUGCAAUCAUAACCAGCAACGGCAAUCUGACGCCUCCAUUUGAGUAUAUAAAUGAAUUGAGAAUGUCUAACAAUCGCUCACGCCAUAAGGUAGAAGGCCACGACCAGCAAGCCCCUAUUACUAUCUUAGGAAGUGGACUAGUCGCUGCACCAGUAGUAGAGUAUCUUGCAAGAGACAAAAAUGUCGCUGUUACCAUCGCAUCACAGUUCAAAGAAGAAGCAGAUGCUCUAGCUGAGAAAUAUGGCGUUCGAUCUGAGUAUAUCCAAGCGAACGAUGAGAAUGCGCUUGCGGCUCUAGUCUCUAGGUCCCGUGUAGUGGUGUCUUUAUUGCCUUAUAAUUUACACGGAACAGUCGCACGCGCUUGUGUGAAUGCAAAGGCACACUUGAUCACCGCUUCCUACGUUCAACCAGAAGUUCAAGAACUACAUGACGCAGCCAAGGAAGCUGGCGUCACCCUCUUAAAUGAAAUCGGCCUAGACCCGGGCAUUGAUCAUCUAUUGGCAUUGGAAUGUAUCCACGACGUGCAAAACCACGGCGGAAGAAUAGACUCCUUUGUUUCAUAUUGUGGUGGUUUACCUGCACCUGAAUUUAGUGACAAUGCCCUUCGGUAUAAGUUCUCGUGGAGCCCGCGUGGAGUAUUGCUUAAUACUAUUUCCGCAGCGAAAUAUCUUAGUAAAGGACAGAUAGUGGAAGUUUUAAGUGGUGGGGAACUAAUGUCGGUAGCGCGUGAACUAGACUUUUUACCCGGUUUUGCCUUUGAAGGCUUUCCUAAUAGAGACAGUACGAAAUACUCUUCCCUGUACGGAAUACAAGACGCACACACGAUGUUUAGAGGAACUUUAAGGUAUAGAGGAUAUGCGGAAACUAUAAAGGCGCUGCAACUAUUUGGUUUUAUUGACCCAAAUCCACAUCCAUCAUUACAUCCUGAAGGACCUCAGAUUACUUGGAGACAAUUUGCCUGCGAGCUUCUUGGAUUAAUGGAUUGUUCGAUCUUCUACGAAAACCUGAAAACACGAUUGGUGGAGCGUAUCGGGUCCAACGGCGCUCAGGCAAUUGAAUCGCUUGGAUUCCUUAGCGACGAACCCAUUAUCAAGUGUGGAUCCCCUCUUGACACUAUCAGUCACUACCUUAGCAAGCGUCUACAGCUGGAGAAAGACGAAACUGACUUCGUAGUCCUUCGUCACGAAAUCGGUGUAACAUGGAGUGACGGUAGAAAGGAACGACGAGAGGUCACCAUGACUGUACGUGGAGACCCAGCAACCCACACAGCUAUGGCCCGCACUGUGGGCUUACCCACUGCUAUUGCAGCAAAAAUGGUACUGGAUGGUGAAAUUCAGGAACGAGGUGUGGUACUACCUUUCGCUCCCGUAGUUUACAAGUCCUUGCUGUCCCGACUUCGGUCUGACGGUAUAACUGCUAGAGAGCAAACGGCGGGUCGCGAGACGGGACGAUGCAUGUCGGUGGCUGCGAUGCAGGCGCUGCACCGGCUGCGCGAAUGCCGCCUACUCUGCGACGCUAUAGUUAGAGCAGACGACGGCGCCGCCUUCCCCGUCCACCGUGCUAUACUCUCGGCCUGCAGUCCUUACUUCUUGGCUCUGUUCACAACAACUUUACACUCUCGUGAGCAAAGCGACGUGUUGAUAUCUGGCGUUCGUUCUGAAAUACUGCUGUUGUUGAUCGAAUACGCUUACCUCCGGCGAAUCGAUGUGACAGACACCAAUGUCCACGAGUUGCUCAUGACUGCGGAUUAUCUGGCAUUCCUUGGCGUCCUACAGCUGUGCUGCGACCAUCUCAGAGUCACAUUGAGUCCAAAGAACUGCCUCGGGAUCAUGAUGUUUGCUCGACGGGUUUUCUGCUACAAGUUAGAGGCUGACGCGAGAAGGUACCUUCUACGCUAUUUUGUCACUGUGGCGACUCAAAGUGAUGAAUUCCUUCACCUGGCGCUCGAAGAACUGAAUAGUAUCAUCUUGGAGGACGAGUUGAAUGUCAAAAGCGAGGAAGCGGUCUGGGAGUCGGUUCUUCGCUGGGUCAAUUAUGAUCCGGACGCGAGGUGGCAGCACACGGUCAAGCUCAUGGGAAGCAUUCGGCUCGGUUUACUUGAUACUCAGGCAAGGUUCUUCCUGGAAAAUGUAAAGGAUCACCCAUACGUCACGGGCAAUGAAAACUCACGCCCCAUCAUAAUCGAGACGCUAAAAUUCCUUUACGACUUAGAAAUGAUUGCGCAGAGAGAUGGCGAGGUGGCCACACCUGAAAUUGCUAGACCAAGAGUACCACAUGAGGUUCUCUUUGCUAUUGGUGGAUGGAGUGGUGGAUCACCAACGGCUUUCAUCGAGACCUAUGAUACGAGAGCUGAUCGGUGGAUCAAGGUUGAGGAAGUGGAUCCAGCUGGACCACGCGCUUACCACGGAACAGCGGUAUUAGGCUACUGCAUCUACGUGAUUGGAGGCUUUGACGGCAUGGAUUACUUUAACUCUUGCCGCUGUUUCGACGCAGUCACGAAGACAUGGCGUGAGGUGGCGCCAAUGAACGCUCGCCGGUGCUACGUGUCCGUAGCUGUGAUAGGUGAAACUAUCUACGCCAUGGGGGGAUACGACGGGCACCACAGACAGAACACGGCAGAGAAGUUCAACCACAGGACUAAUCAGUGGUCACUCGUAGCGCCCAUGAACGCGCAGAGGUCCGACGCAAGCGCAGCUGCUUUGGAGAACAAAAUCUACAUAACGGGUGGAUUUAAUGGGCAGGAAUGUAUGAACAGUGUGGAAGUAUACGAUCCGGACACAAAUCAAUGGACGAAUCUUGCGCCUAUGAGAUCUAGGAGGUCUGGCGUGUCUUGUAUAGCGUACCAUAACAAGAUUUAUGUGAUAGGCGGUUUCAAUGGCAUUUCGCGGAUGUGCAGCGGCGAGGUCUACGACCCGGCUACGAACGCGUGGUCCCCAGUUCCCGAUAUGUACAACCCUAGGAGCAAUUUCGCGAUCGAAGUCAUCGAUGACAUGAUCUUUGCGAUCGGGGGCUUCAAUGGAGUCACGACGAUCUACCAUGUCGAGUGUUACGAUGAGAAAACAAAUGAAUGGUACGAGGCAACAGACAUGAACAUUUACCGGUCAGCUUUAUCCGCGUGCGUAAUCAUGGGACUUCCGAAUGUAUACGACUACAUACACAAGCAUCGCGAACGCUUGAUGGAGGAGAAGCGGCAGAAGAUUCUUCUGUCGGAGACCGCGAGGCACCCACAGCAUCGCACUGCCCUCCCUGACGUACAUCUAACGGAAGAUAACGACGACAUGUUGGAGCAGCUAGGUUUGAUGGACAACCCGAAUAUAGAUGUGCCAGUACCACCGCCACCACCGUUACCUCCACAGCAGCACCCUCUACAACCGCAACCCAUGGAACAAGACAGGAACUAG